AUGAACAGCGGCGUGUGCCUGUGCGUGCUGAUGGCGGCCCUGGCGGCUGGCGCCCUGGCGCAGCCCGUGCCCCCGGCGGAGCCCGAGGGCCCUGGGACACGGCGGGACGAGGAGGCGCCCCGGAGGCAGCUGCGGGCAGUGCAGAGGCUGGACGGCGAGCCCCGAGCGCACCUGGGCGCGCUGCUGGCCAGAUACAUCCAGCCUGCUCGGAAAGCAGCUCCUUCCGGCCGAAUGUCCCUGAUCAAGAACACGCAGAACCGGGACCCCAGAUACAACACAGGCGACCGGGACUACAUGGGCUGGAUGGACUUUGGCCGGCGCAGCGCCGAGGAGUAUGAGUACGCCUCCUAGGGCGCCGCCCCGUCAGGACCGCGGGAAGCACCCUCCUGACUCCCCAGGGGCAGAAAAACAACACAAUCACACUCAUAACUUAUUGUCUCUGAAGUCUGACAUGUUCAGUGUCUAUUUAUUAAGUUCUCAAUGUGAAAAAUCUGUAAGAUUGCCUGGCGCAGCCAUGCACCUCAGCAGAGUUGUAUGAAUGGAAGACACACGUUCCCCUCAUCUGUGACCCCUG